GGCCGCGCUGUGGUGUGUUGUGUUGGCGACGCUUAUUUCCGUCGUAGAUGUCCGAAGUCUGAUCUAUCUUCCCCGUGCUUUUAGCAGAUCACAGGAAAUGAACAUGAAGAAACUAGACCUUCAUUGAAUCUCAUGGAAGAUCUCCAAACGUGGUGGGAGAUUCCAAGUAUUGCCCAUUUUUGUUCGUUGUUUCGGGCAGCUUUCAACCUUCUUGAUUUUGAUAUCGAGGACUUGGAGCAGGGUCUGUUGGCGGACAGAGACGACUCGCCCCUACUGCAGCAGCUGUUGGUCAGGCUGCUGCAGGGCUGUCUGCCCGAGUACGAUGUGUCGGCGCACAACUGGCAACAUUUUCUGAGGCGGCUCCUCAGGUUCAAGUGCUUGGAGGACCCGAGCGUGCACAACCCGCUGGGCGCCACCGGUGACUUCUACGGCCUGCCGCUGCGCGCGCGCGUCACCGUACUCCAGCUGCUGUGCGACCUGCGCCUGGAGGCCGAGGACGUCAUCGACCUGCUGAAGAAUCUCGAGGCCGACAGCCUGAGGGUAGAGCCGCUGGGCCACGACGACAACGGUGCCACCUACUGGUAUUUUUAUGGAACUCGCCUCUACAAAGAGAGCGCUGAGGACAAGGGCCGCGCGCGCCAGCCCGGCUGGCGGUGCGUCUGCUUCACGGCCGACGACUGGCGCCAGCUGGCCGACUCGUACAGCCGCUCGCGCUCGCCGCUCGAGCUCGAGCUCUACCACACGCUGAAGGAGGACUUCCUGCCCGAGAUACCGCGCCUCUUCGCGCAAAAACAGAAGCUGCAGAAGAAGCGUCAGCUGGAGAUGGGGCCGCGCCGCCAGUCGUCCCGGGGCCGGCCGCCGCCCUCGCCGGCCUCGCCCGCCGUCGCUCCGCCCCCGCCGCCGCCUUCGCCGCCGCCGCCCGCCGCCGCCGCCCCGUCCAAGACCGUCAAGGGCGGCCGGAAGACCAAGGAGCCUCCACGGCCACCGCCGCCUGUGUCGCCUGGCCACGACAAACAGGACGACAAGAAGUCGUCGCCCGCGGCCGCCAAACGCGAGAAGGCGGAGGCUAAGAAGGCGCCUGCGCCGCCUGCGAAGCGGGAGAAGGGCGACUCCAAGAAGUCCGUUUCGGCUUCCAAGCAAGAGAAGGCAGAGGCGAAAAAGGCACCGGUGGCCGACUCUCCAAAACUCGAAAAGGUAGAGACGAAAAAGUCGGCGGCCACGGCUGCCCACAAGGACUCAACGAAAUCAUCGGUCACGUCUGCCAAACAGGAGAGGCCAGAUGCCAAAAAGCCUCCGCCGGCGUCGCCCAGAACAGAGAAGGCGUCGACCAAGAAGAACAGCUCGUCCUCACCAAAGCCGGACAGCAGGCGGGCGCCGUCGGCGUCACCGAAGCGGGAAAACGCCGCCAGGAAGCCGCCGCCGGCCUCGCCAAGGCCUGAGAAGGUCGGGAAGCAGGAGAAGACUGCACGACCGGACAAGUCGGCGAAGCAGGAUCGGUCCUCGGCGAGGAAGGCGUCAGUGUCGCCACGGCAGGAGAUGGCGCCGCCGGAGGAGGCGCCGGUGGUGCCGUCGCCCCUCGGCGCCAGCAAGCGGCAGCGAGCCGAGCCGGCCGACGCCACCAAGCCCAAGAAGCGGCCCAAGGAGGAGAUGGUGGAGGUGGACUCGGAGGAGGAGCGCGAGGCCGAGCGGGCCCGGGUGGACAAGGAGCGCGAGGAGCGCGAGAUGAUCGAGCGGGAGAAGGAGGAAGCCUUCAUCCGGCGCGCGAUCGCCAUGAUCGAGGCGCGUGAGGUGGGCAGCUCGGGCGAGCGGCGGAGCCGUGCCCGCGACUCCAGCCGCCCGGCUGCCGCCGCCGGCGGCGGCGUCGGCCGCGGCUCCCUGUCGGAGAGCGAGAGCGCUAAGGAGAACAAGCUGGCCGGCCGGCCGGCGCCGCCGCCGGCCGCCUUCUCCGACUCCGACUCCGACGCGCCGCCGCCGAGCAAGGCCGGCCGGCCGACGAAGGCGCGCCGGGCGUCGGACGAGGCCCGCGGUCCGUUGCGGGACGACUCGAAUGCGGCGGCCGGCGAGCGACGCUUCGUCGGCCGGCGCACCAACAACUCGCUGGGCUCGCUCAACGAGCCGCUCUCGGCGCUGGAGGAGGACGCCGAGGAGACGCACGUGCCGGCGGCGCCCGUCGGUGGCGCGAGCAAGAUCCGUAGCUCAGCCAGCGUGCUGCAAACGGACGAGGAGCUGCGGGUGGGCAUGUACAAGGCGCUGGAGGCGGUGAAGGCGCACGAGGAGGCCUGGCCCUUCCUCGACCCCGUGGAGGAGGAGUACGCGCCCAACUACUACGCCGUCAUCCGGCGGCCCAUGGACCUCAACAAGCUGGAGAGUCGGCUGGACGCGGGCGUGUACCAGACCCGCGAGCAGUUCGAGGCCGACUUCAAGCUGAUCGUCGACAACUGCAAGCUGUACAACGGUCUGGAGAACGAGUACACGGAGAUGGUGGUGAACAUCGAACGCGAGUUCCGCAAGGCGGUGCACAAGUACCUGGACAUCGAGGAGGACGAAGACGACAUCUUCAUCGACGUGUCGCAGGUGCAGCCGAAGCAGCGGCGCGCGUCGCCGCGGCCGGCUACCGCCGGGCCGGGCAAGAAGCGCGGCCGCAAGCCCAAGGCGGCGGCGGCGGCAGACGGCGGCGAGCCGGGUCGCCGCGGCCGCGGCCGCAAGAAGAAGCAGGCUAUGUUCAUCGACUACAGCGACGACGAGCUGCUGAGCUCGCCGCGCUCCAAACCGCCGACGGCCGAGGACGCCGAGCGGCUGUUCGAGGACCUGCUGAAGACGGCUGCGUCGCCGCCGGCGCCGGGCCGCGGCCACUCGCCGCCGCCGCCGCCGCCGCCGCCGCCGGCCGCCGCGAGGAAGAAGGCCAAGGGCCGCGGCCGGGCGGCCAGCGCCGAGCCGCCGCCACCCUCGGCGCCGGCGCCGGUGCCGGCGGAGGCGGACAAGAAGAAGCGUCACCGGCCGGGAAAAGGCGGCAAGCGCGGCUCGAAGAGCGCGGACCGCCGCAGGAAGUCGCAGCACAUCGACAGCGACGUGUCCGACAUGGACGAUGACUCAUUCAUCGACGGCCUAGCCGAGAUGAGCUCUCGGCGUCGUGCCGGCCGGACGGAACCGGAGGCGCCUGCGCCGCCCCCUCCCCCACCACCGCCGCCACCGCCGCCGGCCGGCCCGGACCUCGACGAGGAUGAUGAUGACGACGACGACGACAGCGAGACGGGGUCGCCCAAGAAGAUGAUCGCCCAAGGUCGGAUAUUCGCCGCCAAAAUGCGGCGGAAGAAGGCAGAACGGCAGGCGGCGCCGCAGCGGCCGGCGGCGCCAGUCAAGUCGGCCCCGGUCAGGGCGCCCCCGCCGUCGCCACCGCCGCCGCCGCCGCCUCCGCCGCCCAAGUCGGCGCCGCUGCCGCUGCCAUCCAAGUCGGCGCCGGCGCCGGCGCCCGAGAAGCAUCAAGGCAAGCGGGACAGGAGCAAACAGCGCGCGCCGGCGGCGGAACAGGAGCGGCCGCCCGGCAAGAGCAAGGAGAAGGGCAGCAAGAGGUCCCGCUCGCAGAGCAAGGACAAGAAGGAGAGCAAGCGGAAGAAGAGGAAAACGCACGGCAAGGAGAAGAAGGGUCACACCGUGCCAGAAGAAGUGGACAGCGUCGAAAAGGAGGAAGAGGCGAUCAGUCCGACGCUGCUGACGCCGGCCACGCCGGCCAGCCCGGUUGUCGAGCCAGAGCCGAAGCCCAAGUCAAAGCCGGAGUCCAAGCCGAGGCCGGGGCUGGAACCAGAUCCGGAACCCGAGCCGGAAGCGGAACCGGAACCGGAGCCGGAGCCGGAGCCGGAGCCGGAGCCGGAGCUGGAGCCGGAUGACGAGUACGCCACGCUGCCGGAGCCGCUGCCGGCGCGGCGGCCGUCGUCCGGCUCCGAUGCCGAGGCCGAGCUGCGGCCGCGGGAGCGCGACAAGCGCCGCGACCGCAUCCGGCCGCAGGACAUCCUGCGGCAGAAGAACGCCGCGCUCAAGGAUGCCGCCGAGCAGAAGCAGGCCAAGCCCAAGCCGCUCUUCAACAGCCGCUCCAUAUCGAAGGAGGAGAGCGCCAAGCUGGGCCAGCUGAUCUCGCGCGUGCGCGAGUCGCGCGGCGGCGGCACCACGCUGCUCUCCAACGGGCCCGGUCUGACCAUGGGUAAGGUGCUGGGCGGCGCUGUCGAGCGCGACAAGUCCGGCGCAGAGAUCUGGGAGGAGAUGGUCGGUCGCCGGCUGAAGGCGGAGCCGGCUCCGCCUGACCGGCGGCGCAGCGGCGGCGACGGCGACGACGAGCCGCUCCGACUGAUCGCCGAGCCCGAGGAGGGCCGCGAACUGCCCGUGCUGCGGAAGACGGCCACGCCCAACCUUAGCGCCUGGUUCCACGCGUUCCGCUCGCAGAAGGAGGCGGAGCCGACGCCGCCGCCCGCGCCGCUGGCGCGCGUCAAGAAGCCGCCGCCGCCGUCGCCGUCACCGCGGGAGGAGCCCAAGACGCCGCGGCCGCCCCCGCCGCCGCCCACGCCGAAGGAGGCGAAGAAACCGGCGGAGGAGGCGGCCGUGAAGGCGCGCGAGGCGCAGCGACUCGAGAGUGAGAAGCGCCGCCUCGAGUCGGCCAGCUCGCAGUCGCCGGCGCAGCCGGACGCCAAGUCGCCGUUCUACCAGACCAGCUCGGAGAGCGAGAAGUCGCCGAUGACGCCCGGCUACGGUGGUAUCGUGUCGCCGGCGAUGGAGUACCAGAAGUCGCCGGCCUUCUCGCCCAAGCAGCCGCCGUCGGCCGGCUUCGACACGGCCAAGUACAACGGUGGCGUCAAGCCUGGCUUCUACCAGGACAUGACGCAGAAGACGGCCAGCCCGGACAAAUCGCCGUACCGGCGGCCCGGCUCCGUGGCCAGCACGCACUCGCCGGCCUCGGUGGCCGGCAGCCCGGCGUACCAGCCCAACAGCCCGCAGCUGCUGCAGCGCCAGAAGGGCCAGCAGCUCGAGCACCAGGUGCGGCUCAUUCAGGAGCAGAAACAGAAGCAACAGAAGAUGGCCGGCGAAAGGCAGCAGGCGGAGAAGCAGCAGUUGCAACAGCAGCAACACUCGUGGGACGCCAACUCGGUCUCCUACUUCAAGCAGAUGGCCAGUCCGCACAUGCAGCUGUACCACCAGCAGCAGCAGACGAUGAAGGCAUUCCAGCAGCAGCAGCAACACUCGUCGGCGUCUGGCCUCAACCUGGGCGGCCUCGGCGGCCUGGUGGCCGGCGCCGGCUACAACCCGCUCGGCCUGGCCUCCAGCUUCCAGGCGCACUCGCUGGGCGGCAGCACCUACCCCUACCUGCUGGGCCAGUCGCGCUCGCCGCAGCCGGCGCACCAGAACUUCUCGCAGACGCACGCGUCGCUGUCGCAGAUGAGCGGGCAGCCGCCGGGCGGCGUGUCGAGGUCGCCCUUCUUCUAG